CCUAUCGCGACUAAAAAGCGUCUAGCAUUAGACCAACUCUGAUCUAAUUAUUUUCUCUCCUUUCCCCCCCUUUCCCCUGCCACACAUCAAUCACUUAUAUGCAUUUAUAAGCUGUUGUACCCUUUUCCCUUUCAAAGUGACAGGUACAUCUGUUUUGCACGGAUGUCUGCCCUAAUAAGAAGUACUGUGGCAAGGUCGUGUGCUUCGGCCCUGCGAGGCACGCGACCGUUAGCCAACACCAUCAGACCUCUGUACUCCCUUUUGACGCAACACAACCCCACUCGGUACAACCACCCGCGAUGGAGUUCGCAUUCCCCCAUGGGCACGCCCUCGGCAACGCCCCGUAAGAAGGUGACGUUGGGCACACUGCGCAGCCUGUACAAGAAGGGGGAGCCCAUCACGGUCAUCACGGCGCACGACUUCCCCAGCGCCUACGUCGGGGAUACCGCCGGCAUGGACAUGAUCCUCGUCGGCGACAGUUUGGCGAUGGUUGCGCUGGGCAUGGAGGACACGAGUGAAGUUGUGCUGGAGGAGAUGCUGUUGCAUUGUCGGUCCGUCGCUCGAGCCACCAAGGCCGCCUUUACGGUCGGUGACUUGCCGAUGGGCACAUACGAGAUUUCGCCUGAGCAAGCAUUGGAGACGGCCAUUCGGUUCAUUAAGGAGGGCCGAGUGCAAUCUGUCAAGCUUGAGGGAGGCAAGGAGAUGGCGCCGACGAUCCGCAAGAUCACCUCAGCCGGCAUUCCGGUCCUCGGCCACGUCGGACUCACGCCGCAACGGCAAAAUGCUCUAGGAGGGUUCCGAGUGCAGGGUAAGACAUCCAAGGGGGCCAUGAAGGUCUUGGAGGACGCGCUCGCGGUACAGGAAGCCGGGGCGUACGCUAUGGUGCUGGAGGCGGUGCCAGCCGAGGUAGCCGCGCUGGUAACGGAGAAGCUGUCAAUACCCACGAUCGGCAUCGGGGCCGGGAAUGGGUGCGCGGGCCAGGUGCUCGUGCAAGUGGACAUGACGGGUAAUUUCCCGCCAGGCAGGUUCCUCCCCAAGUUCGUUAAAAAGUAUGGCGAUGUCUGGGGCGAGAGCUUUCGCGCUAUCGAAGCGUAUCGGGAUGAGGUCAAGACCCGGCAGUAUCCUGCACCGGAGCACACAUAUCCAAUCUCGAAGGAUGAACUGGAGGCUUUCCAAAGGGCGGUGGAAAAGCUAUGAACUGGGCUGUCAAUGAAGGUACUGGGAGGGUUCAAAAGGAGUUGGAUGGGGUGGUAAUGAUGGGGCACGAAGGCAGGGAAGAUAAGGGUCACUUACAACAAACAGGUGUUCGGACAUGAUGGGCGGCAUCAUGGAGCAUCAAGCAUGAAGCGAAGCAUCCAUGCAGCACAUGAUUUCUUUUUCAAAGUUUUGUUUUUGGGA